AUGCUUGUUCCUUCCCUCCCCCUCGCAACAGAAGCCCUCGAAGCCGCGACAGCCUCCCUCUCCGUCGAAGCCCAGAAGCGCGCCGCCAAGGACGCCCAGAAGAAGACGGCCAAGGCCGAGGCCGCCGAAGCCAAGAAGGCCGACCAGCGCGCCCACAGCAUGGUCACGGUCAAGCGCAUCGAGCGCAACAAGCGCAAGUUCGUCACCUCCGUCUCCGGGCUCGAGGCCUUCGGGCUCGACCUCAAGAAGGUCGCCAAGGAGUUUGGCAAGAAGUUCGCCACGGGCUCCUCGGUGACCAAGGUGCCCAGCGGCGGCGAGGAGAUCGUCGUCCAGGGCGACGUCAGCGGCGAGAUCGAGGAGCUGCUGCUCGAGAAGUACAAGGAGAUACCCGAGGACAACAUCGAGCUGGUUGAGGACAAGAAGAAGAAGAGCUCGAGCGCCGCGCCGCCGGCGUGA